GUGACAUCGGACGGAAACGAAAACAAGCUAGAGAGUGGGCUGUGUGCCCGACAAAGGGUUCAUUUUGGGACAAAAAUGGUAUUUCAACUCCAAAUAAGGACACCGACGUGACCGACAUGAUGAUGUAGAAUCUGUCGUUCGCCUGUGCAAGUGCCGUGAACCAUGACUGUGAGGAGAGUCCACAUCCGCCUACUGGUGCUGCUCCUCUACCUCUGGGCCAGACCCGCGUCAACUGAGAGCUCAGAGGGUCAGCUGCUGUGCCUGUGCGACAGUCCCAAGUGCCAGCAGGAGCAGUGUCGCGGCACGCGCUGCUUCUCGUCGGUGCGGGUUGGCUCCAACGGAGUGGUUUUCGAACGUGGCUGCCUGGAGGGUCCCAAGAAGACCCGCCUGCACUGCUCCACGGCGCCCUCCUCCCACCAGGCUAUCCGCUGCUGCUCACGCAACCUGUGCAACCGCAACACCACCAGAAGUGCUGUCAUGGCCUUGCUGCCUUCAGCUCCGCAGGGUGAGCCGGUUGGUUAUGGGGCCGGCAAGCUGGCUCUCCUGGCGCUGGGCCCGGUGGCGGCGCUCGCGUUGCUGUUGGCGGCGGCGGCACUGGCGUGCGGGAGGCUCCGCCGCGGACGCCCGCGCAGGCUUCAGGAGUUCGACACCGAACAGGGCGCCGCGGACGGCCUCGUCAGAGCCAACGUGGGAGACGGCACUUUAGCCGACCUGCUGGACCACUCGUGUACUUCAGGAAGUGGCUCAGGCCUUCCUUUCCUGGUUCAGAGGACUGUUGCUAGACAGAUUAGUCUAAUGGAGUGUGUAGGCAAAGGCCGCUACGGCGAGGUGUGGCGUGGCCAGUGGCAGGGCGAGAACGUGGCAGUCAAGAUCUUCUCCUCCCGGGAUGAAAAGUCCUGGUUCCGAGAGACGGAGAUCUACAACACCGUGCUCCUGAGACACGAAAAUAUUCUCGGCUUCAUGGCCUCCGACAUGACGUCGCGCAACUCCAGCACGCAACUGUGGCUGAUCACGCACUACCACGAGAACGGCUCUCUGUACGACUACCUUCAGCGCGUGGCCGUGGAGACGCGCGAGGGCCUGGCCAUGGCGGCGUCGGCAGCCAGCGGCCUGGUGCACCUACACGCCGAGAUCUUGGGCACAGAGGGGAAACCGGCCAUCGCGCACCGCGACUUGAAAAGCAAAAACAUCCUGGUGACCAAAGAGCUACGCUGCUGCAUCGCCGAUUUGGGUCUGGCCGUCACACACUCACAGGCGGACAACCUGUUGGACGUGGGCAACAAUCCCAAAGUGGGCACCAAGCGUUACAUGGCCCCCGAGGUCUUGGAUGAAAGCAUCCAGACGGAGUGCUUCGACGCUUUCAAGCGGGUGGACAUCUGGGCCUUCGGAAUGGUUCUUUGGGAGAUCGCCAGACGCACAUACAGCAACGGUAUCGUAGAAGAAUACAAGCCCCCAUUCUACGACCAGGUGCCAAACGACCCCAGUUUCGAGGACAUGAGAAAGGUGGUGUGCGUAGAGCAGCAGAGACCCUUCGUUCCCAAUCGCUGGUUCUCGGAUCCGACUCUGUCAGCUUUGGUGAAGCUGAUGAAGGAGUGCUGGUAUCAGAACCCUUCCGCUAGGCUGACAGCGCUGCGCAUCAAGAAGACGCUGGAUAAGAUUCACAGCUCACUGGACAAGGUGAAGGACUCGUGAGCAAAGGGGAGCUCGUGAUGUCUUCCUUUUUAAUCCUGUGGUGGCCUUCCAAAGACUUUUAGUACCGACCCGCAAGAAGGAGCGUGGGAAUUGCCGCCACUUCAGCUGCGGCUGCAGACAAUCGACAAUGAAUUCGUCCAAUACUCCACCCCCUCGGAAAAAAAGGGGAAAGAAAAUACGAAGAUUUGCAAGAGGAACACAGAAAGGUUUCACAUGAAUGAGCAUACCAAAUUUUUCGGACUACAGGUCGCACAUGUCUAAAAUGACAAAAAAAUAGCAUAAAAAGAACUCUCACUGGAGUAUACUGUAAUUCACAAUUUUUGAGGUAAAUUAUAUUACAUGAGAGACCAAGAAUGAAAAAGCUGCUUUCAGGCAUAACAUACUAGAAUUUUCGAUCAUUGUCAGCCCCCUCAUUAAAUUGGAUUGGACGUCUAUCUCCGUCAAUGGCAGUGAAAUAUUAUCAGUCAAUACCAGCCUUAACAGUUAAAGCGACACUAACUUUUCAAUCUUUAUGAAACAUUUUCAUACCAUUUGUGGUAGGCCUGAACGAUAUUGGAAAAAACUAUUGUUGCAAUUUUUUUGAGGUUUGCAAUAUAUUGCGAUAUUAUAUUGCGAUAUUAUAUUUUUUUUAAAAAUCUUUUUUAAAGAAAUUUUCACUAGAUGACUUGAAUAGCUGUUUGGAAAUACUUUACUUGACACACCGUGACCACAGUGUAUUCAUAUAAUACCGUUUCAUUUGUGAAUGAUGAAGAUUGCUUUAUGAAGGGAUCCAGGAAGCCAUGUCUGCACAAAAUAGAUCAUUUAUUGAACACAAUAUUUUACACUUCAACAGCAGCAAAUACAUUAAAUGAUAAAUAAAAGAGCAGGUGCAUUAGUCCCCUAAGUUUUUGACAAAAUAUAACAAUAAAUAAAAACUUCUGUAAAAUAACAACAAAGUUGUAAACAUAUUUGAACAAAAAUAUUAAAUAUGACAAAUAAAAGAGUUGUUCACAAACUAUAACAAUAAAUAAAAACCUCAGUAAAACAACAAAGUUGUCAACAUAUUUGAACUUAAAUAUUAAAUCUGACCAAUAAAAGUGCAAGUGCAUUAGUCCCCUGAGCUGUUUACACAAAAUAUUACAAUAUAAAACUGCAAAACGGCAACAAAGUUGUAAAAAUAUUUAAACAAAAAUAUUAAGUGUCAAAACUUUAUGUGCAGCAGUACUAUAUAUAGUUAUUUGAAAAAUACGAUUUACAAUAAAUUUAAAUAUAAAAGAAACAGAAACUCAAUUGAACUUGUAAAUAAUUGACCUGAAUAACUGCAAAUAACUGAUGAAUAACAGAACCAAAUUUCCUGCCUUCCUGAUAGCUGUCACAUGAAUAAAAAGAAGAAAAGACAUUCCUCCAGCUGUGUUAUGUAUUUGUCUGCAUAUCGUCCACCUUCCUUGCUCAGCAAUUCUCAACUGGGUCUCAUAGGUUUUUGGCCAAGACUACUAGUUUAUCCACUAUUGCAGGCUUGAGACAAGAACGUUGGCACGUAACAAUGUUCCCACCUGUACUAAAAAGCCUCUGAUGGGAAGGUCUUAGCAGGAAUGCAUAGAUACCUGCGUUUUAAAUGGUCCCACAUGUUCGACAGAUUACUUCUUGUUGAUGCAACCAUGGCGAGGCAUUGUCGACAGGGCUGUUUUUUGUCCCUUAUAGUCCUUUUUCUUGCCAAAAUACUUCAAAAACUCCUUUUGGAGACGGUCUUGCCUCGUUUCCUUGCUUCAACGUGUUGCUUUCUUGCUUUCACUUUGAGAAUGGCCCCUCCUCCCUCCGCUCUGCUGUUCGGCCCCUCCUCCCUCCACUCUGCUGCCGCGGGGGGAGGGGGAGGAGCCGAUGACUUGCUGGAGGGAAAGAGAAGCUGUGCGCUCUCCUUCCCUCUCCUUCCUCAAAACAAACGUUUGUGGAUUAAAAAAAAUGAAAUGAAAAAACUAUCGCACGUCCUUGCGAUGGGACUAUUGCGCAUGCGCACAUCGCGAUGGCGAUGUUUAAACGAUAUAUCAUUCAGGCCUAAUUUGUGGUAAUGUCGAAUGACACCUCUUUUAAAUUUUGAAGGGAUCUGUAUCGCUUUCACCGGCACUAAUUUAACUUUGAGGAGGGUGGCAGGAACGCUGCACCACCAAAAAAAAAAAACUACAAAUGUGCCGACUGCUUUAUGGCAUAUGUUACUUCCCCCUUUCCCCAUUCAUUAUGAAGACGGAAGUCAACAAGAGAGACAAAAAGUUUUGUCUGAGGAGGGGAAAAAGAGGAUAAAAGGACACUCAAGAAUAAACAUUGGCUGGCUUUCACUCACUGGCGUGACCCCUCACCGAAUUUACCAGCGCUGACGAGUUCAGGUAGGGAGUGAUUAGCCACACGGUUGCUAACAGUCAUAUGCUGUUGUUCAGCCAAAACUGGAUGAAUUACCUCAUUAUUAGUCAUCCUUGACACAGCCACUGGAAACGGAAAUGUCAUUUAAUCCAUCUGCAGGCGACUGGUAGAAGAAGAUUUUAUGACAGUGCACGCUGGUCCUCUUGGGAAAUGCAGUCUUCCUUAAGGCAAAACACUACCGCUUUUGUCCACCGGCGUCGCUAAAAUUUACCAAAACUGAAAAGUUGCCAAGUUACCAUUAUCUAUUUUUAAAUUAAGUACAUUUCUGACAAACAAUUUUUUAAAAGAUUGAAUAUACUAACUUAUUUCUUAAAAUAAGUCUGUUGAGCUUAUUUCUAGUAGAUUUACACUUUCAAACAAAGGUAAGGUGACCAUAUUUUGAUUUCCAAAAAAGAGGCCCAGCCUCGAAAUACUUGAAUUUUUCUUGAAGUUCACUCAAAGAUGCUAAUAUCACUUUAAUAUAUUUAAAGUGUGCCUCCUUCAUCUGGAUAGCAAAAUUCAUAUCUAUGUAAUGCCAUGGUAAAUGGUGUUAUAUAUAUAGCAGGGGUCCCCAAACUAUGGCCCGCCUCCACAUUUGGUGGCCCCUGAACAAUUUUUUUAAAUUUAUUUUUUUUCAAUAGUGUUAUUUAUUUCCUGGCUUUUUUCUGUGAAGAACCUAGAGAGGGUUAUUUGGUUAUUAUCUAUUUAAUUAAUAGUGUUAUUUAUUAUAUUAUAUUUCGGGCUGUCAAACGAUUAAAAUUUUUAAUCAAAUUAAAAAUUAAGUAAUCAUAAUCACAAUUUAAACUGUCUAUAAAAUAUGCCAUAUUUUUCUGUAAAUUAUUGUUGGAAUGGAAAGAUAAGACACAAAACGGAUAUAUGCAUUCAAUAUACUGUACAUAAGUACUGUACUGUAUUUGUUAUAACAAUAAAUCAAGAUGGCAUUCAACAUUAUUAACAUUCUGUUAGAGCGAUCAUGGAUGUUGAAGUUCUUAAAAGAUAAAUGUAAGUACAAGUUAUAGAAAUGUUAUAAUCAAACCUCUCUUAAUGUUUUUGUUUUAAUAAAAUGUGUAAAAUUUUCAAACAAAAAAAAAAACUAGUAGCUCGCCAUUGUUGAUGUCAAUAAUUACAAUAAUAAUUAUGCUCAUGGUGCUGAAACCCAUAAAAUCAGUCGCACCCAAGUGCCAGCAGAGGGUGACAAAACACCAAAAAACACAAGUAACAAAUGGACAUGACACUGUGCUGUCAUUUUAAUCUGUUUGAGCGGGCCAUGUGCGUUAAAUGCGUUAAAUAUUUUAACCUGAUUAAUUUAAAAAAUUAAUUACCGCCCGUUAACGCGAUAAUUUUGACAGCCCUAUAUAUUAUUUUUACUUUAUUUACUUUUGUUCCGUGAAGAAUUCAGAAAGGGUUAUUUGAUUGUGGCUUUCUGAAAAACAAUAAUUUUUUACAUUUAGGCACUCCUGCAAUCGUCACACUUUUUCUGUUAAAAACGGCCCCUCAUCAGAGAAGGACCUCACAGGAAAAAGUUUGGGGACCCCGCCAUAUAGCAUAUAUAACAUACUAUAUGGAAAUAAUUUUUACUCAACAGGUUACUCAACAGGCUUUAUUCUUCCGAACAAAUCAUUAAACAAUAAAAAACCACCCAAAAAAACCUGAAUUAAAUAAUGAUUAAAAAAAUAAUAUAAUGCAGACCCAUGGAAAUGUAGUCCAGUAAAUACACACACACAGUAGGCCAACUGAACAUUUUUUAUAAAUUACAACAGCAUAAACGUCUCUUAGAACUACUCCUUAUUGUAGUCUGUUACUACCUGAUCUCAUGCCAAACUGUCAACCCAGAAGAUGGCGGUAAUGCUCAUGAUACAAGGGGUAAACUGCCAACAAAAAACAAGAACUACUUCUUCUCCCCCUACUAGUAGGAGCCAUGUCAACGCAGGCAGGUGCUGCCCCCCAGCAGCCGGAGGGAUUCUCUUCAAAUUGGUCCCGUGAAAAAUCAUGAAAACCGGACAUUUUCAUGAAUUUAUAAAAACCCGACCGGACGCUACGGAGAGGACGUGAAAAGUGGACUCGUCAGGGCAAAAGAGGACGUUUGGUCACCCUAAACAAAGCAUUAACUGUAGUUUUAAGGAGCUGUAUUUUUGCAGUAUGGAAAAGCACUGUUUUGGUGACUAGCUCCAUCUGGUGUUAAAGCUGAGAAGUGCAACAAUAUUGGCUGUACUCGAGCUUCUUGUGCAGGCUAUACUCAAUGAUAUUUCCAUCAUUUGCUUCGGGCCGCAUACGUCCAAUUCAUUUUGAAUGAGAGGGGUUGACAGCUAUCACUGUCACUGACAGACAAGAAGGCAGUACAGUUUACUAAACUGAGCGUGUCACUCAAAGUCAACUAAAUGGAGGGGGUUACACAACACAAGUUGUUUUUUUUAAUUGAUGCCGUGAAGUUGCCUCUAGAUGUACAGUUACAGGUGAAUGUUUUGUUUGAAACUAAAGAAAAGCAGCUUUUUGUCUUUUUUUUUUUAUUAUAUAUAUAUGUACAAUAAUAAACAAUUACUACACUCAGGAAAUGUCAUUUGUCUGCA